UAUAUACCAGCAUGACCAGCAUCACCACUGUUCCACAAAGUCGUGAAGAGAGAAUAACUCGACUAUAACAAAAAAAAAUGUUUAAAUUAAAAUAUGAGCAAGAAAAAAAUUGUUGUGCAGGCGUAAAUAAGCAUCUUCUUAUGAGCCAUUGAGUGUAGUUAAUGCAACGAUGUGAGUGUAACCUCAAAGAAUCAACUCGUUCAAAAUUACUGUCUCCAAAAUGAACAAAUCUCGAAAUACCCUCGACAAGAAAUCCAACAACGUACCAAAUUGGUUAUGGUCAGGGUCAAAUUCACUACCCCAGUUCUACAAAAUCAUUUGGGAAGCAGUGAAAGAAGACAGGCCAACUCUGGGAGCGAGUCGGGGUGAGCUUUUAGUCGACACAAAUCGUGUCUUUCCCAUACUUUUAACCAGUCAAUUGCCAACGGAGGUCCUCGGUUAUAUAUGGAGCUUAGCAAAUCAAAAAUAUGCCGGACAGCUGACCGAGCUAGAACUCUACAUCGUCCUGGCAUUGAUAGCAGUCGCCCAAACCUCGUACCCCUUUACGAAUUUGGAUGUCCUCCAUAUGCUGCCUGGACCACCAACUCCUCGUUUGAACUUGAGUUUCCUGUACUCAAAUCAAACUCAGAUGCAGUCAGGAUCACAGGGACCUACGUCAUUAAGACCAAUAUCACACGGUAAAUCAUCACAAGCUCAAGUGGGAUCUAAAGUUUUUCAAGCUGCAGCCAUGCAGGGCCAACAAAGUCCUUUACAACCAUCUCAGACGUCAAUUGGUGGAUUGAGUUUACAAACAUCAUUUUCGCCGAAGGCAACAGGUUUGCAAUCUUACAGGGGAUCUAAAUCUUAUCAGAUCGCAACCUCACAAUGCCAACAAAUUCCAGUCCAAUCCCAUCAGAUUUCAAUGAUUGGAUCAAGCUUACAAUCACCGCAAUUGAUAUCCAAAACAUCCAGUGUUUAUGAAUCAAUCUUGCAAGCACAACCACCUGUCCAACUGACACAGACCUCGAUCACAUCAUCCACCUUACAGACGUCUUUACCAAAAGCGCAGGUGAACUCAGCUCAAAGCUUGCAAGCUCCAUCACAAAUGCAGAUGUACGAAACAAUCGUCCCGUCAUCGAUAAUCAAUAGUUCAUACAUUUCCGGAAGUAAACUCUCAGUACCGCAUAGAAGUUCAUCGGAAACUUCAGCAGACCUCAGUGAUGAUUUCACUGAUUUUCAAAGUGCUCCAUUACCAGCGUUGCCUAAUAUAGAUUCAAAGCAAGGCUCAGCCAUUGGUUCUCGACUGGCCAAUCAUAAUUUGAGUGGUGGAAGCUCAAUUAAAAAGAUGGGUGAAAAGAUGAAAAAAUCAACACUGAAGGUCAAAACUAAUUGUUCGACCAUUGGGGGCGGGAAGGAGAUACCGCCAUCUGAUGUUUUUGGAGGGAUUUUCUCGAAAUGCAUGGUGAAGAAUCAAAUGAAGACUGUGGUACUGAAGGACACUAUUAUCAGAAAUGGUGAGCCACCGAAGAGCUUUGUGGCGAAACGUGAGACUUCAUCAGGUCAAAAACAAUCGAAGGAGCUUUCAGGGCUGGAUCUCAUGAACCUCCACUCUAUGGACGAUAAAUAUAGCGCCUUAAGAAUUCUUGUUGAGACAUCACCACUUCCUACAGUGAAGAAUGUUCUGGAGCUUCAGGAAUCAGAAACUCCAGAGAAUUUGGAGAAUGAGGAGGAACAGUUUGAUGACUUCGGAGACUUCGUCUCGGCUGAGCAGACAGAUUUGACUAGUGGUUUUAGUCAGUCUGUAUUUGACGCGUCCAUGGAUCUUUUCUCAGAUUUCGAGCAGUUUCUUCCGAAUUCAUGUGGGGAUAAGGAAGAGAUUUCGUUUACGCAGGAGACUAUUGAAGCUUUGGCACAACUGGAAAUCACUGCAAGUCCAGAGAAAACGAUUGAUUUUCUGGAGGAAAAGUAUGAGACUAUCAUUGACUCCGAAAAGAUCAUCCAAAAAGAGGAUACGAUAUCAAUAAAUAGUGUAGAGCUCGCUAAUGGGCUAGGAGUAUUAACACGUUCUGGCUCGGUACCUAGUCUAGAUCUCAAAUCGUUUCUACCUUAUAAUGGUGAUGAAGAGAAGGAAACAGAGAGCAUGCAUCAGUUAAUUUAUUGGGAGUGGAAACAAUACAUGGAAAGCUGUAUUCUGCUUUUUCAACUAGCGGUGAAUAUCUUCACGGGUAUAAAUUCGGAAGCUGUUCUACAAGAAGUUUUGAACUCUGCUCAGGGAUAUAAUUUCCUAUGCAACUUGGCAGAGGUUGCAGCUGUGUGCAGACGAGUGAAUUUCUCACACAAAGAGAUGGAUAUAAAUAUCAUGGGUUUCGAUGAUUUAUUGUUGGAUAUCGAUAGAAUUUGGGCGGAAAUGGAGCCUUUCUAUGUCAACAUUCCAAUCGUCACGGAAUUACCAGUAUGGCCCCUCCACCAAGGAGAAACCAACACAUGUGCUCUUUGUCUCACAGUAGUAACAAGUGGUAGAAUAAUAUACAAUGAAAACACGUAUCAUGCAACGUGUGCGAAUCUCUGGUUAAACUGCGUAAACAGUAAUCUGCCAGUUCUCAAGUACCCUUCUCAAAUUCACACAGUUUCUGCUGGAGGCAAUUAGAUCUGAUAUUUAUUUUUUUUUACUCAACUUUAUGUUAUUCUCAUUUUUUGGCAUGCUUUAACACCGACAGAGCAUUAUCUUGGAUGAAUGAAAUAGAACACACAGUGAAUUCCACUUGGAAUUAUUUACAAUUGUAUUUUCUCCACGAAAGUUUGUCUAAUGGUCGAUCAGUAAUCUCUUGGUAUUGCAAUAACUUCUCUACAAUACUUCUUAAUUGCAACAUGUGUAAUUCAAAAAGGGAAAAAAAUAUCAAAAUCGGAUAAGAUGGGUGGUGAGAUUUCAAUUUUUCAACUAUAUAUGUCGAAAUUAUACAUACAUGUUGGAGUAGCAUAGAUUGAAUUUUGUAUUGUGAAAUUUGAUUUACACAUUUAAAAUGGGAUAUUAGAAAAUGCAAAUUGUACUUUUUAUGCAAUUGAAUAUGCGAUGUGUGUAUUUGAAUCCGUGUUGCAGAAUUUUGUGCAAAACUAUUUGGUAUCCAUAUGAAGGUGCAAGGGUAGAUGUGUAUUUCAAAUUAACGUACAUUUGUUAGCUUGUGAAGAAGGGAUCAACAUCCAUGUAAUUAACAAGCAUUCAUGAUCAAAUUUUACUUUAAGCAGAUGGAUAUACUAACCUGCGAAAAAUCAUUGUGUCCAAUUGAACUAUGUAGAAAUCUUCAGUCAUGUUUCAACCCAGUGCAUUUUCCUCAACGUGUUAUAAUUAAAAGUAUCCGCGAAAUUGCUCUAGGUACAUUUCAAUGUGUAUAAUUAAAAAGUCUUGCAGAGAAAUUAUUACGAUUCAUCGUGCGUUGUAGGUUAUUCAGCCAAGAAAAUUUUGUCUUGGUUGAAAUAUGCUCAUUUUUUCUGUUUUUGUUUUCUCUUCUUUUUAUAUGUAUAUUUCUGUAAAAAACAAAUUUUUCAUUGCAAUUAUACAAAUUGGAAAAUUUAUGAUGUAUUUUUUUUUAUUAAAAUCGAUUAUUUUUUGUUUAUUCAGUUUGAAAUUCUGUAGGGAGAAAGUCGUAAGUCGUGGAAACAUAAUUUCUUUAAAAAUGUCCAAACUUGUUUCGUAGUGGUAAAAGUUUUGAACGAAUUUUUCUCACCUCCUAAAAUUUCUAAUUAUCUAAGAAAUUUUCAUCUAUGAAAGGAUGUAUGGGAUCGACUUGCUAUAUUCCACCAUUUCACGGCUGAAUUGUUUUUAUUUUUAGCUUCCUCAGAGCAAAAUGAAUCGUGUCUUAUAAAAAUUUUUUUUUGUUAUCAAUAAUAGAAAGGAUAGAUAAAAAAGUGAAGACAAAAGUAUUAAGCUUUUGUUUAUUUCUGGGAUCAAUUCAAUUUCUGUCUCACUUAAAUGUUCGUUUUCACUUGGCCCAAUUUUUAGAGGAGAUAGAGUAACAUACUGAUUCAUUCAAUGAAAAGAUAAACACUUUAUCUGAUGGUAAAUUUUUAUAGACCUGUUGUUAUUAGUUCAUUAGAGAUGAUGAAAAAACCUUGUGGUUUUAUACUGUUGUGUGUUGUAGCUCUCGAAGUACUCUUAUGAUAGUUCACGAUUACUAAUUGAAGUUUUUCUCCCCUGUUCCACGCACAAAGAAUCUUCGAAACGCCUACUAGGCCACAAUCACUGUAUUCUAUGUUCAACGUCAUAAAAAAAAUCGAUAAAUAAUGUUCGAUGA